UUUUUUAUUUUGCACACUUGCCUAAAACUGUAUUGAGUCCGACUAUUAUACCCACUGAGACUCAUUCUAUGCACCCUUCUAUUUAGAAGGAUGACACUUGCAGUUUUAAUAUUAGUGAGCACACAGCUGCUCUUCUCCAGAGCAGUUCCCACACAGUCCCCCGAACCUCCGCUGGCCUCCAUCCCUUGCAACGACCCAGGAGCAGAGGCUGCUGCAGAUUUAUCGCUGCGACAACUAAAUGCAGACCGCAGAGAGGGAUUUGUCUUAGGACUAAAACGCAUUACCAAUGCGCAGGAACAAUUUCAGGAAAAAGUUGGUUCUGUGUAUUAUCUGACGCUGGAUGUGCUCGAAACACAAUGCCAUGUAUUGAGCAGAGAAAACUGGAAGGACUGUCAGCCUAAACGGCCAUAUGAAGCUGUUCAUGGGGAAUGCAAGGUGAUAUUUCACAUUAAUAAACCGUUUCGAAUUGUACACCUCUACAGCUAUGAUUGUACUUUGAAACCAGUUACGCCACCUUUCAGCGGCUGUCCUGGGUGUCCUAUUGCCAGACCUUUGAAUGACACAAAAUUUCAGGAUAUUGCAAAGCUUGGCCUAGAACAUUUCAACAAUAACAGCAGCAGUGUUAAGUAUUUUAUACUGGAAAAAAUCACAAAGGGGGCAGUACAGGUGGUUGCAGGAUUAGCCUACCAUGUGGAAUUUACAAUUAAGGAGUCUUCCUGUAAUAAAACAUCUGGAGACCUUACUGUCUGCCCACCUGUGAGCUGCAAAAUAGCAGAAACCGGCUACUGCAAAAGCCGUGGCAUAGCACACUGGAGCGCACCAAACAACCCAAGUGUGACAAUCACCUGCAACCUUUUUAAGGCAGAGGAUACUGUUGGUGAAGAGCAAACUCAUCAGAAUCACACUGAUCAACAUCAACAUGGAAAGAAAGGUGAAAAACAUGAUGGACACACUCAUCAUGAACACAAUCACAAGCAUGGCCACAAACAUGACCACAAGAAUGGACAUAAACAUCAUCAUGAUGGCCACAAGGAUGGACAUAAGCAUGAUCAUGAGAGCAGCGAAAGCCAUGAACAUGACCACCAGCAUCAGCAUCAGCACCACGAAUGCCAUCACAAAGGUAGAACAAUAGGCAAAAUUACAUAUUUACCCUCUGGAGAAGACUCCACAGCCAUUCCAGUAACUGAAGGAAAAGAAGGCACGAAACCUUUAAAUGAUGCUAAGCCCAGCCUACCAGAUGGACAAACACAACCUAGCAUAGCUCGCCCAGGACUUAUUCACCUACCCAAGCCAUAUAUUCGCCCUUUCCCUAAAAACCCCUCCACAUCAGACCAAUGCCCAGGGAAAGACAAAUACAAUGAACCACUUGUAAAUCCAGUACCUGCUAUUCCAGAAGUCCCAGCACCAAUUCCUAAGUAAUUACUUUACAACCAUUACUCUUUUUCAAAUGCUUUGAUUUUCAGCUGAGACGAUUUAGAAUUUGUAAUAUCAAAGUAAAAUAUAACUGAAACACAA